AGAGAGAGAGGACGGAGGUGUGCAGAGAACAGAUCAUUACCAGCGCAGUUUUGCUCUGUAAACAUCUCUCGGAGAUAAAUCGACGAACUCUUGUUCUUUCGGUUUCUCGAAGUAUAUGAUGAUAUGAUACGCGGUGACGUGGAUGUAUUUUUGGAUUUUUUUCAGCGAGUUUAUCGACCCCUGGAGAAAGUGGAUUUUGCAAAUGUGAAUUUGAUGUAAAUUAAAGGUUUAAACGAGGGUUCAAUCGUGGAAAGGGGCACUGAGGGAAUCACUUCGGCAAAAAGUACACGGGAGUCAGUAUGCUGUCCGGAGGAGCCGCGGGCGGAGAGGAGCUCGGAACCGAUUCGGUAGAACAGCAUGUUGUGGGAAUGGCGUUGGAUCUUUACGUCCCAGCAAUUUCACCGAGCGCAUGAAGAACAAGGAUAGGGGGACAAGUGUUCUGUGUGCUUGAAAUAUACGAAUAAAACCAUGUUUUAUAAGGUCUCUGGACACAAAUGUCACAUCUUCCGGAAACAGCCGGGGCUGGGGCCCAUCAGCACUUGACAGCAGGCUGGGAGGUGGACGGUGUGGCACAGUGCUUCAGCACUCUCUCAGUCACACCCUGCAUGGGCCCUACAUUGAGUUAGAGCAGUUCUGCAAAGAUCUGAUUCCUCAACAUGGAUGGCUUAAGCGAGAGAACCCAUGCACUCUAAUGAGACCAUCUCCAGACAAGGACUAGAAAUUGUCAAGGGAUUACUCCUUAAAUUCCUGGUUAUCUGCAAACCGCACAUUAGAAUAAUCUUUUAAAGGACUUCAUUUGGCUGGAUUUGCAACAUUUCCUUUUUACUCCCUCGACCACUGAUGUUGUCUUGCCAUUUCCGUUCCCUCCCUUCAUUUUUCACUAUGGAGUUUCAAGCUGGAUUUUGGAAUAACGAUUGGACUUCAUUUCUGCGUUUUUGGUUGACAGUGUUGUUGAGCUUGCAUGUGCAGUUCAGCCCUGUCUCCUCCUGUCCCGAGGAGUGCCGCUGCGAUCUAACAUUUGUUUACUGUAAUGAGAGAAGCCUGACGUCUGUGCCUCUGGGGGUGCAAGAGGGAUAUAAGACCCUCUUCCUCCACAACAAUCAGAUCAACAAUGCCGGCUUUCCGUUGGAGCUACACAAUGUUGCCUCUGUAGAUACCGUUUACCUAUAUGGAAAUCAGCUGGAUGAAUUUCCACUCAACCUUCCCAAGAACGUCCGAGUGCUGCACCUUCAGGAAAACAACAUCCAGACUAUCUCGAGGGCAGCACUUGCCCAGCUUCCCAUGCUGGAGGAACUCCACCUGGAUGACAACUCCAUCUCGACUGUAGGGGUAGAGGAGGGGGCUUUCAGAGAGGCUCUCAGCCUCAAGCUUCUUUUCCUCACCAAAAACCACCUGAGCAGCAUUCCUAUCGGAUUACCAGAAGAUCUCAAGGAGCUGCGUUUGGAUGAGAAUCGCAUUGCAGACAUUGACGAGGAUGCUUUCCAGAAUGUCACUACACUGCAGCGACUGUUGCUGGAUGGGAAUUUGCUUGAGGAUGAGGCCAUUGCUCCGGGAACCUUCCAGGAUCUUGUCAACCUCAAAGAAUUGUCCCUAGCUCGCAACUCCCUCACCACCCCACCACCGUUGCUCCCUACUGCAUCCCUGACCAAGCUCAACCUGCAGGAAAACCAGAUGGACAUCAUUAAAGUGACGUCCUUCGCUGGGCUUAGUAAACUGGAGAAGUUAGAUAUCUCUAGCAACCAGCUACAAUUUCUUCCAGCGGGUGUCUUUGACGGUUUGAGAAACCUGAGGCACCUUAACGCAAGAAACAACCACUGGCGUUGUGAUUGCAGCAUUAAGUGGGUCAUUGCAUGGCUCAGGUCUCUGCCGUCUGCGAUAAAUGUCCGCGGGUUUACGUGUCAGAGUCCAGAAAGGGUGCGUGGCAUGGUGAUUCGAGAGCUCACCUUAGAUGCCAUUGACUGCCCUGCAGGCACUGUGUUGCAUCCCUGGCCCACCCAUUCAUAUCCAUCUACAUUGCCACCCCGCAGAACCACCACCAUCAUCACUACGACCACCUCUAGAACAACCCACUUCACCACCAUUUCACCCACUGCUUUUUACCCCUCCUCAGCCAACCCCACUCCCCCAGUUCCACAUUUCCCACCUGGUCCCCUACCUCCUUAUGAAGACCCCUUAAAAAUCUCCUUUCAUGUUGUUAAUUCAACCUGCAUUGAUGUGAGCUGGGAGUCUUACUUCACUGUGACUGCUUACAAAGUGACGUGGGUCAAAAUGGGGCAGAGUUUGAUGAGCGACAUCCAUCGGGAAAGAACAGUCCCAGGAUACCAACGAAGACUUAGCCUGUCGAAUUUGGAGCCCAGGUCUAUCUACCGCAUCUGCGUGUACGUCCUGGAUACUCUUAACACUUACAGGCCAGGCGAGGAUACUAUCUGUUCUGAGGCUAAGACCAAAUCCACAUCCACAAACUCUGAAUCCGAGCAGGCUGCCCAACAAGACAACACCUCCACACUCCUAUUAGCUGGAGUGAUUGGUGGGGCAGUGUUGGUGGUCUUGGUGACACUUCUGAGCGUGUUUUGCUGGCACAUGCACAAGAAAAGCAGGUCAUCGUCGUCCAAAUGGAAAUACAAUCGCGGCAGGAGAAAAGAUGACUACUGCGAGGCCGGCACCAAAAAGGAUAACUCCAUCCUGGAAAUGACUGAAACAAGCUUUCAGAUAGUGUCGCUAAACAAUGAGCAGCUUUUAAAAGGGGACUUCAGAAUUCAGCCCAUCUACACACCUAAUGGAGGCAUUGGCCUCCGAGACUGUCACCUUAGUAACAAUAGCAUAGCUUAUUGCAAGAGCAGUAACGUCCCCAGUGUGGACUUCUGCCACACAUGAUGCUUUUCAAUGGAUGCUACAACCAUUUGUUCAAAGAAAAUGUAGUUCAAUAUACUGUACAAUAUACGUAUACAUAUACAUAUAUAUAUAUAUAUAUAUUUCCAGGUGCAGUCAACAUGGUAAUUUAUACUGUGGGCAACUAUGUGGAAUUCUGCUAUAUUUUCUAUUCUUAGUAAAUAUGAAAUGGUUUUGUAAUUUGUGAGGCUCAAAGUGGUUUCACUCAAAGACGCUGCAUACAUGUUGACGCCGUAGAUGUUGGCUACCUGCUGCAAGUGCAGUCCACAGGUUUUGCCUCUCAACCACUUAAAGAUCUUGAAAACAUUGCUAACCACACAACCAAAACAUGCCCUUUGUGCUGAAAUACAGCUACCCCUUCACACAACAGUAGUUAAGUUAACAGUGGUCAGGAAACCAAAACACAGCUGAUUAAGCUGCAGUAGAAGAAAAAAAAGAGCUGAGUUUUUAUUUCUUUCUUUUUUUUUGAAUUGAAGUGCACUUUCAAAUGCAGCAGAGAGCAUGGGCAGUCAUUCAGGAAAUGAGCUUUUGUGGAAAUCACAUUUGAAGGGAAAAGGACCACUCUUCAACACCCUGCAGUUCUCAGAAGGAGAGGCUGACAUCCGUGAUUGCGGUAGAGAGAUGGGCCUAAGGGUUCCUCUGCAAGCAUUUUCCAGGGCAUGCUUAUGUUUAAUUUUACCCACCAGGGGGCAGCUUGUUUCAGUCCAUUCAGAUAAUAUUAUCUCAAAUUGGACAAAAACACUCUAGAAUGUUAUUUUUCUGACUUUUAUGUGGAUAGCUUUUGUGCUGGAGUCUUAUUUUCAAGUAAUUAGCAGCCCAAACAUACAAUUAGGUAAUUGAAUAGCUAAGCCCCUUAGGUAAAUUAUGAAUAUCCGGAGGGAGCUCUGUAAUCUGCUUCAUGUUUUCUUAAAUUCUAAAUUGUAAUACAUCAGAAACAAUGAAAAACCAAGUCUGUAUUUCCCUUUAAUAUACUUAAAUUGCCCUUUCUGAACAUGUUCUGUGAUUUACAAAUUAGGCCAGGGUAUUACACAGAGCUCCACCCCUCUAUCUAUUUCUGUUCUCUCACAUGAAUGUGAUCAGGAACAUUAUACAGUGACAUCCCCAUCAUUGUCUAGGUUUUUCCUUUACGGACCAAAACCCCUUUUAAUCAUGCAUCACAUCAAGUGGGAUGAUGAAUGAACGUUUAAACAAAAGUCUUCUUUUCAUGGAGAAGAACUGGCACAUGCCAGAUUCUGCCUUUGAAAGAGUUUCUGAUCCCUGCAUGAGUGCAAUUAGGACUAUUUUUUAAUGGCGCACCAGUUUUCCAGGACAGAGAGCCGAGUUUGGAAUGCAGGCGCACUGUGGAGAAGUAUUUAUCAUGCGCUGUUACUCGUAGACUUUAGUUGCUUUGACAAGAUUGUACUUUGUGGGUCGAGUUCAAACCCCCACUACAUAAUCCCUGGUCUAAGAGGGGGGUAGGGUAGAAAAAAAAUCAGAGGUUAUUUUCGCUUGGCAGGAGGAUUCUGGAUUGGGGAGGGGACUUGUAGUUGGGGUGGGAGUCGUAAUUGUUGGAGUUAACUAUUCAACGCCCUCCAACUUGCCAUUAAUAGUAAGGCUCAAUCCCAAUUCACCCCAAUUUCGCCCUACCCCUUGUUUUCGAGUGUACCCAUUGGCCCUUAAAACAGAGUUACAAUGGCCAAGGGGUUGAAAUAUUCCCCUACGAAAUGGAACAACCCUUUAUGAACCCGAUACGUCAUCAGUCGUCGGCGAUGGCUCUGCCGUUACAGAGGUUUUAUAGGAUUUCUCCAUGACAACGACUGACAAUCAGCGCAGCUGCUCUUAACUUUGAAUAAACAUGAUGAUUAUAACAUCCCUUCCUUGAAAUGUCUUUUCUGAUCGGAAAGGUCAUUUAUUAUACAAUUUCUUAAUUUAAAUGACUAUUAUAAGAGUAAAUAAAGUGCGCGGUGGAUAACACAGUUUAAUCCCAAGUCAUCAUAUAACUGACGUCUUGGGACAUCUUUUGAUCAUACGUCAACAUCCGCCU